CAGGGGAGGUGGCUUAGGCUCCCCUCAGAGCCCAGUCCUGAUCUCCUCCUUGUCCUCGGCAGGUUGGUGGGAUGGUGAGCCACCCCCAGGCCCAUCCUCACUCUGCCCAGCCUGGGCCAGCCCAGCCCAACCUGUCCUCCGUUAUCUAAAUGGGUCAUCCUCCAGUUCCUUGCCCUGCCUCCCUGACAGCAGCUGCUCCAUUAAAGAGCAGCGGAGUCAAGGAGCUUGGCUCUGGCUCCAGGUGAUAGCGAUGACCAGAGAUGCCCAGCUUGCACCCCUUCUCCCUGCACCUGCAACCAGCACCUCUGGGCCCUCUGUUUCUAAGAACUUUCUACCAUUCUUAGUUCCUGGGAGGGAGGCAGGGUUUACCCAUCAAGCCCCAGCACCUACCUCUCCAGGGUGUAGGCAGAGGAGCAGGGGCAUGUUUAUAUGUCCACAAGCAGGAUGGGGGUGGCUGGUGGUGUACUGCACAGCCUGGCCCCGGGCAAGAUGUGAGGCAUGCCCUUUGUCUUCUGAGAUGGAAACUUCUCCAGGCAGAACCCCUGCAUCUUAGAUCCUGAUUCUGUCUCGAUGUGUUGGGGGGCCUUGGAAAAGUCAGUGUGCCUUUCUGGACCCCAGUGUUUUCCAUUUGCAAAACAGGAUAUGGAAUUGGCCCCUCCUCCUUUCCAAUGUUCAUGGCUGCAGGGGCAAAAACAUCGCUGGGAUGGUGUCGGGAAGAAUUAUGCUCGGGCAGGUGAACAUGGUCAUAGUAAGGGGCCUCUGGACAGGGCCCUUGGUAACAAUCCUUGGCAGGCGCUCUCUGAAGAAGCUCGGCACAGAACAGAGUUUGGAAGGGAGUUUUGAGAUCCUGAUGCUCAAAUUUGUGGCCAUCAAGUCCAUCCGGAAAGACAAAAUCAAAGACGAGCAAGAUCUGAAGCACAUACGGCGGGAGAUCGAGAUCAUGUCGUCACUCAACCACCCUCACAUCAUCGCCAUCCAUGAGGUGUUCGAGAACAGCAGCAAGAUCGUGAUCGUCAUGGAGUACGCCAGCCGCGGGGACCUGUACGACUACAUCAGCGAGCGGCAGCGGCUCAGUGAGGGAGACGCCCGGCAUUUCUUCCGGCAGAUCGUCUCUGCUGUGCACUACUGCCACCAGAACGGAGUUGUCCACCGGGAUCUCAAGCUGGAGAACAUCCUCCUAGAUGCCAAUGGAAAUAUCAAGAUUGCUGACUUUGGCCUCUCCAACCUGUACCACCAAGGCAAAUUCCUGCAGACCUUCUGCGGGAGCCCCCUCUAUGCCUCGCCAGAGAUCGUCAAUGGGAAGCCCUACACGGGCCCAGAGGUGGACAGCUGGUCCCUGGGUGUCCUCCUGUACAUCCUGGUGCACGGCACCAUGCCCUUUGACGGGCAGGACCACAAGACGCUGGUGCAACAGAUCAGCCACGGGGCCUACCGGGAGCCCCCCAAGCCCUCCGACGCCUGUGGCCUGAUCCGGUGGCUGCUAAUGGUGAACCCCACCCGCCGGGCCACCCUGGAGGACGUGGCCAGUCACUGGUGGGUCAACUGGGGCUAUGCCACCCGCGUGGUGGAGCAGGAGGCUCUGCGCGAGGGCGGGCACACUGGCGGCGACUCUGCCCGGGCCUCCAUGGCCGACUGGCUCCGGCGUUCCUCCCGGCCGCUCCUGGAGAACGGGGCCAAGGUGUGCAGCUUCUUCAAGCAGCACGCUCCCGGCGGUGGGAGCGCCGCGCCCGGCCUGGAGCGCCAGCACUCGCUCAAGAAGUCCCGCAAGGAGAAUGACAUGGCCCAGUCUCUCCAGGGCAGCCCGGCUGAGGACACCGCCCCCCGCCCUGGCAAGAGCAGCCUCAAGCUGCCCAAGAGCAUUCUCAAGAAGGCGGCCUUGACCUCCUCCUCAUCAGAGGGGGCGAAGGAGGACCCCCCGGAGCCCAGCCCAGUCCCCACCGGCCCGGGGCAGGCUGUGCCCCUGCCCCCCAGGAAGGGCAUCCUCAAGAAGGCCCGGCAGCGCGAGUCCGGCUACUACUCCUCCCCCGAGCCCAGUGAGUCCGGGGAGCUCUUGGACGCAGGGGACGUGUUUGUGAGUGGGGACCCCGUGGAGCAGAAGCCCCCCCAGGCCUCGGGGCUGCUCCUCCACCGCAAGGGCAUCCUCAAGCUCGAUGGCAAGUUCUCCCGCACAGCCUCGGAGCUCACCGCCCCCGCCGCCUUCGGCUCCCUGGACAAACUGGCCUCGCCUCGGCCCCCCGCCCGGACCAGCCGUCCCUCAGGGGCCGUGAGCGAGGACAGCAUCCUGUCCUCUGAGUCCUUUGACCAGCUGGACUUGCCCGAGCGGCUCCCCGAGCCCCCGCUGCGGGGCUGUGUGUCUGUGGACGACCUCAUGGGUCUGGAGGAGCCCCCGGCCGAGGGCCCCGGAGGCUGCCUGCGGCGCUGGCGGCAGGACGCCCUGGCGGAUAGCUGCUUCUCCCUGACAGACUGCCCGGAGGUGACAGAGGCCUACCGACAGGCACUGGGGGUCUGCUCGAAGCUCGGCUGAGUGGUGGUGGGGGGACUGCCCGAGCCCGGGCAGGCUUAAGAUGCAGCUGGCUGCACCCGACGGGCGCUGCCUUCUCCCCUGCCGCCCAGGCCCUGCACCCCAGCUCAGAAGGCUGAGGGGCGUCAGCGGAGCCCUGGCUGGGCCGGAUGUGGGGAGCAGGUACACGAAGUACAUCAGGGGUUCAGCGUCUUCAGCCCUGUUGAACCAAGCAGAGGGGAAGAGAGUAGAGCAACGGAGUAGAAUGGGCAGGCCCGUGGCGGAGCCCGGGUUGCCUGUUUCUCGUACACAUGGCAGGGCCGUGGGGACUGGGCAGUGUGCCCAUCGGUGCCCACGCCCUUCAUUGCCAUGGAUAAGUGUCACACAGGGUGUCUCCCGGAGCAGCCCUGGCCCUGCCCAUUCCCUGCCAGAGUGGGCCGGACUGUCUGCACACGCACGUUCCAGCCCCCACCCACCGCUAGCACUGGAUUGAUUGUGGCCACCCAAUGCGCCUGGGACGUCCUGGGAAUGGCCUGGAGUGACCCUCCCUUAUUUAUCCUAGGCGUAAGAAAACACAACUUCUGUUUCCUCAAAGGUUCUCUCCCUUUCCCAUCCUCCCAGCCUGGCCCAAGCCUCCCGGAGUCGCUGCUAUGAAUCUAAAAGACUUGAAAAGGCUCAGGCUGCUGUAUGAACUUCAUCUCAGGGGUCCCAUCCU